CCCCCCCCAACAAAAAUGCGAGUAAUCUCAUUGGCUGCGUGCUCGUGGUAUAGGGCGGAGAGCUGGUGGAUUUAUGUGUCAUUGUGAUCAGCUGUGUGUGAGGCAGCCGGUGCCAAAGGAGUUACCUGCGAAGUCACACAGACAUGGUCCACCUCCUGACCCACCGCCUGUGGUUCCUGCUGAUCAGCGUGCUGGCCUGUCAGUGUCCUGCAGUCAGCGGGCUGUUUGAGUGGCUGAAGCAGGCAGAUGCACCUCCAGCAGCAGCAGCACCUCCUCCAGCAGCCGCGGUCCCAGCGCUUCUCGCAAAGGAUGCUCUGUUUGAGAUGGCUACUGCCGAUGAGAAGUUUUUGGCUGAGGCAAAGCAUAUGGAGAUCAGCCCGUUAGACAGCUGUCAUUAUAAGGUGGUCGCCCAGCUGAAGGCGAGCUGUGAAAGCCUCUCAGAGGAGCAGCUCGCGAAGCUUGGAGUCGUUCUGUUUAACUGCCAGUCAGAGAGUGAGGGGCGCCAGACCUACCCGUGUACAGAGGAAAUGACUAUAAAAGAGUGUACAGCGGACAUGGAUUCAGACACUUGGAAUGCUUACCACAUAGUGAGCAACAGAGCGCGCUCAGUCUGCUACGCAACUCGCCAGCAGCUCUUCAGACGCAGAGCAGAGCACACUGUCAACACUCUCAUCUCCACAGCCACAAGCCAACUCGACGCAAUGAAGGACCUGAAGGAUGGCCAGCAGGAGCUGAAGGAACUGACUGCAGCCUCCUUGGAGAAGCUGCUGGACGGCCACAGUGCUCUGCAGGCCCAACAGGGGAAACUGUACGAGGGCCAGGAGCUAAUGGACAGUUCACUGAGGGACAACCUGCAGCGUCUGGGCCAGGAGAAAGCCCUCAUCGCCUCUGGACAGGAACUGGUAGCCCAGCUCAUUCAGGGCAUCACAAACAGAAUGGAGAACGUGAGUGAGAAUCUGCAGAUCCAAGGCUCGGAGGUGCAGGACAGCCACAAAGCCAUUGUUAAAGACCUCGCAGAUGUCAGACACCAAGCUCAGGACAUCUACCAAAAAAUUGAUCACAGUAUGUCGGAGUUCCUGCAGUACCAGGACCAGACCUCUCAGUACUACUCUGACCUGAUGAACAAACUGGAGCGCAUGAACAGCACCCUGGGCUUCAUGCUGCACUACCUUGAUAACAUGCAGGGCCGGAUUGAGGACAGGCUUCACAUGAUCCAGGGCUACCUUGGCUGGGCAGGGUUGAGCCUGACGGCCAUGUGGUCAUGCAUCGCACAUACAGGCUACUUCGUCCUGUGUGCCGUCCUGCUGACGUUCCUGCGUUGUCCCGGUUUCUCUCGAGCCAUGUUGCUGCUCACCGUGCCUCUUAAUGCAGUGGCCGAGGUCAACCAGCAGCCGGCGCUGGAUCUGACCAGCCUCAGCCUGCUGCUGCUCACUCUGUCUCUGGGUCACUGGUUUGUGAAUCAGUUGUGGGCCUGCUUCCAGAUCAGAGGAAGGCCAGCUGCCCCGCUGCCACUGGCCCCAUGUGAGAUUGUGGAGCCACAGAAGCAGCCAGUUUCAUCCUGCCACUCAUACCCACCGUCCUCUACACCGCAGAAAGAUGAAAAGGACGGCUUCAUGGAGCAAAACGGCCCGUUGAAUCAGGACAGCUUCAUAUCAGGUGACCUGGGCAUAUCAGUAGUGUCUCCCCCUCACAGGAAGCCGAUGCCAGAGUCCAGGUUUAUGCCGGUUAUCGGCACACCCAAUCACUCCACUCCCAGGCUUGUGCAUCAUCCACUUCUGUCAUCGGCUCUGGUUGAUGACAUCCCCCCGAGGAACCUGGGAGGUGUGUUUGACGCAGUGAACGACUCGCGUGAUCUGGUGAACGACUCGCGAAGCGCGAGUCCUACCCCGUCGCUAGUCAGCAACAGCUCCCUAUCAGGCCGUCAGCUGUGCAAUGGCAUCACAAAAACAGGAAAGGCCUGUAAGAAGAGAGCUGUGCCUGGACAGGAGUACUGCAGAGUCCAUGAAGGGGGGCAUGUCUCCUAUUUUCACUCCUGAAAUACUCGUCUUCAUUCCUUUUGAUAGGGGGCCUUCUCUGAACUGUUAUCAGCUGUUACUGUGUCGUUAUUGUAAGUUCUGCCUGCGUUGCUUGAAUGUUACGUUUACUAAAUGAGCACCACACUCGCAGAUUUUUCAAAUCUACUUUUACUCCUAUGUUUUUAACUGUUCACUUUUAAGUUAAAAUAAAUUAUUUCUUUACCUAUG